AUGAGCCAGCAAUGCUUCCCUGAUUCAUGCUGUUUCCGGGAUAUCCGCACUAUGGUCACUGGGGGCCAGACUUCAAAGUGGGAUCCAACCAAAAUGAAGCUUGUGAAAACAUGCUUCUGUGAGACCCACAAGAAACAGUGCCCAGUCUCCUUCAAGAGGGAGGAUGUUGCAUUGAUGGGAGCGCCUUGCGUGCUCUGGAGUGCGUACGGAAAACGUGAGGGAUUCCAGAACAAGGAGAAGAAGAAGUGUCAUGACGCAGGAACAGUAUUCCAACGUCGUGUGGACUUGAGUCUGCAUGAGAACGUUGUGGGCUAUGACGAGCUGCGACACUUGACGGCUUUCAGGAAUGAGAUGCCGCAUCGAGAGCUCUAUGACCUAUCAGCCAAUGUGAAGAAACGCAGGCGAACAGAGAAGGCUGACCGUGGGUUGCCCUGCUUGACCACGAGUUCACAGCUUUGGUCGGAGAACGAGAAGCGAUUGUUCCUUGCAAAAGAGCAAAUGUUCGCUUUGGGGUUCCCAUCAGUUCCAGCUGCGGCUUCAUCUGGUGGUGUUGUGUCUUAG